GUGAAAACAAAGCUACUUAUCUGGUUACUGCUGAUGAUGUUGAUUCAUAUCUAGCUAUUGAAGUCAUACCUGUUGGGCAUGGUGAACAGAAGGGUGAACCUGUUAGGAUCUUCGCCAAUGAACAUAGAAAAAUAUCAUGUGAUCCUGAUAUGCAAGAGCAAAUAGAGACAGAUUUUUUUAAUGGGCAUGCGUCAUUUGAUGUUUUCUUACGGGUUGAAUGGAAUGAUACUUGGGUUAAGGUUAAGUUAGUGAUUGAGAGGGAGGGUUUUUCCAUCAAGAAUAAUGGGUCACCUUGUAUUUCUGUCGAGGAGAAAUUUUCACCAAGCAUAGCUAUCACAAUUCACAAUAGGCGCUCUGCUGGGUUUUUAAUACAUUUUGCUGAAAGGAGUAAAUCUCUCUGUAUGGCUACAGAAAGUAGCUUAAGACAAUUACAGAUGUGCAUGGACUUUUAUUGUUCAUAUUGUCUAUCUUGUUGCGCGAUGUUAUUGUGUUCACCAUGAGAAUGUUUAUUGUGAGGGCAGUCCAGAAACAGGAACCGAGCUCCAUAAAGGCGGUCAAGAAACAGAAAAGAACAAAGAGGUGCCUAUUCUUUUAGCAGUUAGAAGCAGCUUUUCAUGCCCAGUGAAACGUAUGUUGUAAUUAUGUAUCUACCGAAGUUAUAAAUGCACUCUGAACAUAGUUUUCUUAAUUUUCUCUGUUUUGAAUAGGAAAAAGGUAGUCUUUGUUAUUAUAUCUACUGGAAUCCAAAGAUAUAUUUGAAUGCAAGCUAGAGUGUUCUUAUUAAUAUCUGAGCAAAUAA